AGUGCACACAGCAGACAGGCAGCCAGCAGAAGUGGGAAGAAAAAAUGAGCAAAUGCUAUUAACAGGAGCUCAGUUUCUAGUCCAAACAGACUUAACUAGCAGAAGGGGAAGCGAAGAUCCGGGGGCUGGCUGCCAGAGAAGCAUUGCUGAGUGUAAACACUCCAAAGCAUCUCAGAAUGCCCUUAUCAUAGGCAGCCCGAAAGCAGUUGUGCUCUGGGGCUCUGCAACCAGGAGCAGUCCUGCAAGCGAGGAGUGUUUAUUGUCGACUAUUAGGACGAAGAAAACUACAGCCAAGCUGACCAGAAAGACUGGAAUUUCACCUCUCUCUCUCUCUCUGUCUUUCCCUCUGUCGCCCACUCAUUGGGUUUCUUUCUCUGCCAGCUUUUAAAACCAGAGAUUACUGGGUCAGUGACACUCAUUAUUCCUUCCACGCAGCAUGAUCUUGGGCUCAGCCUCCCGAAGUAAUACUGCAACCUGAUCUACAGACACUAAAAGUGCUCUGAGAGAACAUUCGUCAUUUUGUCAGGCUUGACCAAUGAAUUUCAUGAAAACUCGAGGAUAUUUUGAAAGGCAUCUGCUCAAACCGCAAUCAAAAGGUGCAUCAUAAUAGAAAACAUGCAGUACAUUUUUACCUGUGAUUGAUGUUUUGGUCCUCCGUUAUACGGUGAGCAUUUGCUACGGAAGGAAGAGAAGACUCCUUUUAUCAAGAACUUUUUCACUAGCAGAAAAGAGCUGGUGUAGCCUUAUAAUAUGAAGCUCCUUGAGAAAACCUGGUUGUUGCUAAUGCUGCCUGUUCUCCUAAGAGUUGUCUGCUCCUCUUUUGUAACUGUCAACCAUGGCAUUAAAGUGAUGAAGGGACAGUCUGUUUUCCUGUCAGAAGAUGACCUCAAGUUUUCCAUCCCCAGAGAGAAGGAUGUGUGCAAAGUUGAAGUUGUGAGAAACGAGCCAAUAACGCAAAGGGUUGGGAAGCUAACUCCACAGGUUUUUGACUGCCACUUUCACCUUAAUGAAGUCAAGUAUACCCACAAUGGUUGUCCGAUUUUAGAUGCAGACACAGUCAUGCUCAGGCUGUACAGGUUUACAGAAAAUGAAACGUUUGUUGAAACAUUCACCCUCCACGUACAGUUACUUGAGCCAGACUGUAACAUCAUCAAAAUGCGCUCCCGAACAUUGGAGGUGUCUGAGUACUAUGGUCUGUCCAGGGCAAUUGACAAGAACAUCCUCACUUUUGACUACAACAGGAAGAUGAAUUUGGAAUGCACCAUUUCCAUAACCUCUUCAGAAACCUACCUCCCUGCUCAUGGCCAGCUUGUCGUGGGGGAUGUGCAGCAGGAACAGCUUCGAGGGGAUCAACCACAGAGCUUCCUUCUUGGCCAUAAGCACAGCCCAGGCCAGCAGUGCAGAAAUGGGAGCUGUGUGUUGGGACUGAGAGUCAUCCAUAACACAAAAAUGAGCUGUGAAGAGUUUCUGAGGAAGGGUAUUCGGUAUCAGCACCUUGACUCUCGCUCGUCGGAUAUCGAUUAUAUUCCAGUGAGGCUGGAUCUCACAGACAGCAGAAGCAAAACCCUGCACAAGACUGAGCAUGCGUGGCUCCCUGUUCAGAUUAAAAGUGCUACGCCCAAUCAAAUCCCCAAAGCUGUUCCAAAGUUUACCUUGGAAGUAGACCAAUUCAUUUUAACUCCCAUUACAACCACGACGGUAGAUGCUGAAGACAAGGAAACGCCAAAGUCCCUGCUGGUGUUCAACAUUACAAAGCCACCUCUGCAGGGCUUCGUUACUCACCUGUCGGACCACACAAAGCCUGUUGGUUCCUUCACAUGGAAAGAUCUCAGUGAAAUGCUUAUUGCUUAUCAGCCUCCGAACAACAGCCACACAGAGAGGAGGAAUUAUGAGCUGGAGGUUGAGGUUCAUGACUUCUACUUUCAGAGGAGUUUACCAGUUAUAGUGCAACUUUCUAUUAGAACAGCAGAUACAAAUGCUCCAAGGGUUUCAUGGAAUACAGGCCUCAGCCUCCUGGAAGGGCAAUCCCGGCCGAUCACAUGGCAGCACCUACAGGUGGUAGACAAUGAUGAUAUCCAGAAUGUUCGCUUGGUCACAGUUGAUGGCUUACAGCAUGGGCAGCUCACAGUGAGAGGAGGAAAAGGAUUCAUGUUUACUGUUUCUGACAUUCAGACUGGAGUUGUUUACUACCAUCACGAUGACAGUGAUUCCACAAAGGAUUUUGUGGUGUUCAGGAUUUUUGAUGGCGUGCAUAGUAUUCGCCAUAAGUUUCCAAUCAGUAUCCUCCCUAAAGAUGACAGCCCUCCAUUUCUUAUCAGCAAUGUGGUAAUUGAAGCACAGGAGGGACAGAUGAUCCUGAUCCAGGGCUCCAUGCUUCAAGCUUCUGACAUGGAUUCUAGUGAUGACUACAUAGUAUUCAAUAUUACCAAGCCACCACAGGCUGGAGAAAUCAUGAAGAAACUAGGGCCAAACUUAAUAGGGUAUCCUGUCAGCAGUUUUCUUCAGAGGGAUCUGUUUAAUGGAAUAAUUUAUUAUCAUCAUUUGGGAGGAGAAGUAUUUGAAGAUUCUAUUGAGUUUGUGCUGUGUGAUAGCCAUGACCCUCCCAAUCUCUCAGAGCCACAGGUGAUGGUGGUGCACAUUAUACCUGUGGAUGAUCAGCUACCCAGAGAAGCCCCAGGAGUGACACGACACCUGGUUGUUAAGGAGACUGAGAUUGCUCACCUAACUAAGAAACAUCUCCACUUCAUAGAUGUGGAAGAGCAAGAUAGGGAACUCACUUACACCAUAACCACUUCCCCAUUUUUCUCUUGCGUUAAUAGUCACUCAGAUGCUGGGAAGCUGUUUAUGGUGGACACCAUCCCCAAACUGGUCAAGGAUCCUGCUACUCUUGCUCUGAGGUCAUUUACUCAGCAUGCUGUGAACUACAUGAAAGUUGCUUACAUGCCGCCACUGCAGGACAUUGGGCCCAAUCCUCAGCAAGUCCAGUUUGUAUUUUCUGUCAGCAAUCAACAUGGCGGCACUUUGUAUGGAAUCUGCUUCAAUAUUACAAUUCUUCCUGUGGACAACCAAGCCCCAGAGGUUUUUACAAGCUACUUGAAGGUGGAAGAGGGCGGCCUGAGCCCUGUAACCGAGGGACACAUCCUUGUCUCUGAUGUGGACACCGAACAGGAACAUCUCCUCCUCCUUCUGCAGCGACAACCUCAGCAUGGGGCAGUGGAGCUGGAUGGCAUUCCCAUGAAGGAGGGUGACAAGCUUUCCUGCAGGGACCUGCGUGCCCUGGCAGUCAGUUACCGGCAUGAUGGUUCUGAGACUCUUACAGAUGAAAUCCUUUUUGCAGCCACAGAUGGCAUCCACUCCUUGGAGUUCACCCUGCAGGUUAAGGUGUUACCCAUGAAUGAUGAGCCACGUGUUAUGCAAACAGGGCUUAUCAAUGUGGUACGCUGCCCAGAGGGUGAAGAAGUGGUCCUCUCCUCGAAGCACAUAUAUGCCACAGAUGCAGACAGUGAUGACAUGAAGCUGGUGUUCGUGCUGGUUCGCCAACCCUCCCAGGGGGUGCUGAGGAAAGCUGGCAUUGCUGUGGAGCGUUUCUCCCAGGCAGAUGUCAUCUCUGGCUUAGUCACCUAUAAGCAUACUGGUGGGGAGAUAGGCCUGACUCUUUCCUUUGAGAUCUUAACUUUUGUUGUUUCUGAUGAUGAAGCUGGCCCAGACGUGAAAGACUGCUGUUAUGAUAGACUUCUUCCUCCUCCAGUUCCUCUUCACCGUCCACUCCCAGUGUACAACCUUAAUAUCACUGUACUUCCAGUGGACAACCAACCUCCAUCCAUUGCAACUGGUGCAAGGUUUGUUGUGGAGGAGGGCUCCUCAGCAGCCAUUACCUCUAACCAUUUGUUUGCUACGGACCCUGACACCACUGUGGAUGACUUAGAGUUUAUCUUGGUUUCUCCUCCCCAGUUUGGUUAUAUUGAAAAUAUACUGCCUUCUCCUGGGUUUGAGAAGAGUAACAUUGGUAUAAGUAUAGCUUCGUUUCAGUUGAAGCACCUGGAAGCCCUGAAUAUAAACUAUGUACAAGCCAGGCACAUGCGAAUGGAGCCAAGAGCAGACCACUUUGUACUUUAUGUCACCGAUGGGCUGCAUCGUUCAGCAGAGAUUCCAUUUUUUGUGCUGAUCAACCCAACCAAUGAUGAAGUCCCAGAAUUCAUAGCAAGAAACAUUACUGUUCUAGAAGGUAUGAUGAAAGAGCUGGAUCUCUCUGUUAUCAAUGCUGUUGAUCUGGAUGUGCCUCAAGACCACUUGGUAUUCAGUGUUGUGCAGCAGCCUUCACAUGGAUUCCUUAUUAAUGGGGUUCAUGGCAACAAUAUUCUACACUACAAAGAGUUAAUUCACCACCACAACCGUGGGUUGCUUGUUCAUGACUUUUCUAUGGAGCUACUGAAGAAUGGUAUGAAACUGAUGUACAUGCAUGAUGAUUCAGAAAACCUCAAUGACAGCUUUAAAAUCCAGCUAUCAGAUGGGAAACAUAAAGUCCUCAGAACCAUUUCAGUAAAGGUCAUCCCAGUUAAUGAUGAGAAACCAGUGCUGAGCAAGAAGGAUAAUAUAGAGGUGCAUAUGGGUGAAACUCGAAUUAUUUCUAGUGCUGUUCUGUCAGCUGAAGAUAAAGAUACCCCUAGGGAGAGAAUUUACUACUUAUUUGAAAGACUUCCAGAAAAUGGCCAGCUUCAACUCAAGGUAGGCAGAGACUGGGUGACUCUCCAAACUGAAAUGAAGUGCACUCAGGAAGAUCUGGAUAUGAACCUUGUGAGAUACGUCCACACAGGAGCUAUAGGGUCCAAGAACCAAGACUUGUUCACAUUUUAUCUGUGGGAUGGGUACAACAGGUCACCAGCUGUAGACUUCUACAUAAACAUCAAGGACAUGGAAAAAGGAGACAUUGCUGUUUUCAUAAAACCUCUCAAGGUACCAGAAGGGGAUCGAGGCUACAUUACAACUGAUGUACUCCUUUCACUGGAUGGUACUGACAAGCCUGAAGAGCUUCUCUAUGUGAUAACUUCCCCACCUCAGUAUGGACAAAUAGAGUAUGUUAGCUAUCCUGACAUCCCCAUAACGAGCUUCAGUCAAAUGGAUGUAGCAAGUCAGAUGGUCUGCUAUGUUCACAACACCAAGGCACAUUCAAGGCAAGAUGCAUUCAGAUUCAUCAUCAGCAAUGGACUGAGGACUAAACACGGAACAUUCACGAUCUCCUUGGAGGCAGUUGACCAAACUUUGCCUACACUAUCUAGGAACAUGGGGUUAAGAUUAGUGGAAGGCAGUAUGGUACUCCUUUCUCCUGAUGUCCUGCAGCUUACAGACUCUGACACUGCCAAAGAAAACCUUACCUUCCUCUUGGCUCAGCUCCCCCAGUAUGGUCAUCUCUAUUACCGAGGGGCUGUACUACUGCAAUACAAUUUCACCCAACGUGAUGUGGACAAUAUGGAUGUUGCAUACAAGCACUGGGGUGGGGAUUCCCAGAUUGACAGAUUCACAUUUGUCGCAACAGAUAGGACUAAUCAAGGCUUCAUCGUGAAUGGCAGGGUACAGAUCGAGCCAGUGGCAUUCACCAUUCAGGUAGAUCAUUUGGACAAAAUGGCACCCAAAAUCAUUCAUCUCCGUUGUUUAUCUGAUGUGGAAAUGCUGAAGAAUGGCAAUUAUGGGAUCUAUAUUACUUCCAGGUCCCUGAAGGCAACUGACCCCAAUACAGAGGAUGACAAAAUAUUUUUUAAGAUCUUACGAGGACCUCAUUAUGGCUACCUGGAAAAUAUAACAACAGGUGGACUUAUCCAUGAAGGGUUUAGCCAAAAGGAUUUAAAUAGCAAAGUUAUAUUUUAUGUCAUCAAUCCAUUGUGGGAAGUGUAUUCAGACAACUUGGAGUUUCAGGUCACAGAUGCCAAUGGAAAUUCAGCGAUUCCCCAAAUGCUGGAGCUACGGUGGUCUCACAUUGAAAUGCAGCAGACUGAAUAUGAAGUGUGUGAGAACGUGGGGAUGGUGUCCCUGAAAAUCACCAGGGCAGGACACUCUGCUGACUCUGCUUUUAUCACAGUGAAGGUCAAUGAAAUAUCUGCUCUGCUGGGAAAGGACUUUACAGUGAUUCCCUCCAAACUUAUUCAGUUUGAUCCAGGAAUGUCAACCAAGAUGUGGAAUAUAGCAAUUACUUAUGACAGAUUAGAGGAAGAUGAUGAAGUCUUUGAAGUAGUUCUGAACUCCUCUGUGAAUGCUGUUCUUGGCACCAAGACAAAAGCUGUAGUGAAAAUUUUGGACUCAAAAGGAGGUCAGUGCAGUUCUUUACAUUCUUCCAGCCAAAGCAAGCAAGACUUCUGGAGGAGAGGCACACUGUCUGCAGUUUCCUCAGGUUCCUCAUCACCUCCUAGGCCUGGCAGUGUUCACCUGGAAGGGAUCCCACCACCUCCUUCCAAAAGGAUGAGAGAGCACAGAGGUGACACACUGCAAGAGCGCAGCUUGGCAUAUCAGUCAAAGGCCAGGCUGAGAGUGACUGGAAAUGGCAGAAUAGUUCAUCCUUCAUCUGUAUUUAGAAAUGGAACAGAUGUGGUUUACAAAUACCAUGGGAUGGUAUCGCUCAAAAUAGAGGAUGACACCUCAUCAGCUAAAGCAAACAAGAAGGCUGAAGUGUCAGUAAUUAACCAAGCACAAUCACAGAUAAAUGCCAUUUCCACUAGGAAGACAGAAAUCCCACAAGCUGAUAAGGCAGAACUGGCACCUGAAUCAGGCUCAAGACGUCAGGACUUUCACUCAUUUUCAAGGGCCUGUACACCGGAUUUGAAGGGGCUCAUGCAUUAUGAAGAAAACACUCAAAAGUUAUUUCAGUGUGAUGGGAUAGAAUGGAAAUUUUGGAGUUCCCAAAGCAAGGAAGCAAGCAUGAAAAAAUGUCCCUCUGGAUGGCAUCAUCAUGAUGGCAGCUGCUAUUUCCUUGUAGUGAAUCAAAAGGUCACCUGGGAUACUGCUGCUCAGGCCUGCAGAGAACAAUACCUGGGGAGUCUCACAAGUGUGGCUAAUGAACAACACAUGCAGUGGUUGUGGGAUUUCGGUGGGAGGAAGCCCUUUUGGAUAGGCUUGAAUGAUCAAAUCAAUCCUGGACACUGGGAGUGGAACGGAGGAGAACCUGUUACCUACAUAAACUGGAGGAGAGGCUCCUAUCACUUUACAAAUAGAGGCAACAACUGUGUAGUGGUGCAGAAGAGAGGAAAAUGGCAAGCAACUGACUGCAGGAAGGCCACACGGAACAGCUAUAUAUGUUCAAGAAAGCUGUAAAAAAUGGGGAUACCUGCUAAAGCAUGUAGACAUUCGUUUUGUUUCUGUCUACUUAUCUGCAGACAAGUAAGGGUAUGCAGAUAGAAAACUAUCUUAAUUAUCACCAAAGAUUAUUUUAUAUGCUGCCAGAGAUGCAGAUGCUUUGGACUCUUACCAAGAAACAGAGGUCAGUUGUAAACAGCAAGUUCUGGUCAAGGCUUUGAUCUCUUUCCAAAUACAUCUAUCUGUCACUUGAUUCACUUGUGUUUUCACACUAAAGAACUAGACCUGACAGCCUACAUAAAAUUUCUGUGUAAACAUACUUAUUAAAAAAAUCAGUCUCAAAGACUGACUGUAGGUUGGCUGAUACUUUAAUUGAGUUGCAAUGAAAACUGCAGUUUUGUCCUGCAGUCACAGAGAAAGAAAGACAGCUUGGGACAGAAGUGAGGGCAGACUCUGCUGGCUAUAAACGAGUUCUCUUGGUUGAGGAUGGGAGAGACACUAUCAGAAUACUGGUGCUUCUUCUGUGGAUAACCUACUACAAUGUUUUACCAACUUGAGUAAAGCCUUUUUAUUCCUUCUCUGGCGAUCCAAGAACAGUUUCAGAUCCAAACAGAUCUGCUCACACAGAAAUGCAUGUCGUUUGACAUUCUGUCUAAAAUCGUGCAAUGCUUUUUGGAGUUCCAGGAUAUCAUUUUUGCAGUGUAAUUAAAUAAUGUGGGCUCUCUAGAUCUAAUGCUGUCUCAAAGACCGACUUACACAUGCACACAGAAUUAAUACAGAAGCUUAAUCCCAGAAUAAUAUCAUGAGAUAUUCAGUGAUACAUGAACAUCAAUAGGAUUAGUAUGUGUGUAUAAGCCAAUGUAACUGUGAGACUCACAUUAUAUUAAAGCAGCUAUGGAUUUUGAAAAGUAUUAAUCUAAGUCCUUAUUAGGGAUUUAAGGUUUUUAAAAAUAAUAAUAAAAAAAUCCAGAUUUAGUUCAAUGAAAGACUAAAAAUCAGCAUUUAACAGGGAAAAAAAAAAAAAAAAGCCAACCAGCUGCCCGUAACUUUCCAUUUGGUAACAUUUUGACCUGUCAACAGACUUGUUUUUGGACCUUCUUACUGUCAGCCCUAGAGUUAAAACAGAAACACGUCCUGAGCUUCCUAAAACAAAAUGAAAACUUCUCCCAAACAUUCCCUCUGCCCACCAGGAGUGUGUGACAGGUGGUGUGGCACAGCGUAUGGAGAAUUUGCCCUGUUCCAUAUGAACUCUCAGCCCUUCCAUCUGCCUGCCUGCUGCCGGCAGUUGAUUCUGUCCAUGCCCUCUAUAAGUUCUUCAGUUUGUCCAGCCUCUGAAUCAAAUGAAUUUGUGCACUGUUUCCAUCUCUGCUCAUACAGAGAUACAACAUUCUGGGUUGUAUUUAUCCCUCCUUCUUGUCCGUGGUCUAUUAGAAUAGGCAUGUCAGUAGCUGGACAACUCUUCUAUGUAGUGAGGACAUUUGUGAAGUUGCUAUGGUAAAUAAGCACAAGUGCAUCACAAGCUUAGACAGAAGACACUGGACAGAACCUUAUCACCCUUAAUGCUAACAUCAACAGAUACAACCUAGCAUAUUUCCAGGACUUUUUUUUUCUGUAAUCUUUUUGCCAGGCCCCUAGACACUUCUAUAGACAAUAACACUUCUGCUUAAGGAGUUACAUAAACUAAUGCACAUAUGCUGAUUCAAGAAUUCCCCAAACCAUGUAGCUUCUGAGUACAUGUCUAGGCCUGUUUUUACUUCUCAUCAUUUUCAAUGAAAAAAGCCAGUAAGAGUCCAGUAAAGCACAUGUGUUAUCUCUGAUUUUGUUAUGGAAUCACAGAGAAUAAUUACUAAGAGAACAUGUUAAGAUAACCAGAAACUUUUAUUACUUUGGGGAUUUCCUUCUGUGUUUAUUGGUGCUAUCUUUAUGAAACUUAUGUUUAAAUACCUCUCCUAAUUAUUUAAGGAAUGACCAUAACAGAGAGGCAAUUUUGGACUUACAGUUUUUGUUACUUGACCAAUAAGUAAUAAAUGGCUAAUGCCUAGACUGAGAAAACAAAGAUCUCAGGUUUUUUGAUUUUGUUUGGAUAUGAAGAGGGGAUAAUUCUCCUGCAUUGUACCUUUCUUAAAGUACCUUAAAGUGAUUGAAGAAUAUGAAACCUUCACUAUGAAACAGAUUGUUACUUCUGCAAAAUGUAUGUGUUUACUGGUUUCAUUAAGUCUACAAUGAUGUAUUCAUUAAUAAAGCUAAACCUGUUCUAUGAUACCACAAGGACAUUUCUAACUUGAAAGUCUCCUGAAUUGUUUUUCAGUACAACAAACUACUCUGAGCAUGAGCAUGAGCAUUGUCUGUCUUUAGAAAUGAAAUAUUUUUUGAGCAACUUUUGUGUCUUUUAUUAGAAUACCUGAGUUUAAAGAAAACAACAUACUCAGAGCAGGGAAGGCAUGAGUAAGUCACUUUUUGUUUAUUUUCUGUUGUAUCAGGAAGCCGAUGUCUCUACAAGGUUUAAGAGAGAAAGGGAAUAAAAUCCUGAAAAGUUA